GCUGCACAAGCACCAUGGAGGACAGGACACCCAAGGAAGAGAGCAGCGGCAGCAGCAGCACCCAUAAAGGACAAGAAUCGCAGUCUUACCAACGGAGGAUGUGGAAAAAUUUCACAGGGAAAACCAAACCGUGGCUGAGCCCGAAAUUGGGCUCCGAGCGUCGAAGUUCCGGAGGGGCAGAUGGCAGUAAGAAGGAAUCGGGUCUGUGGAUGUUUAAAAGGAAAAAGAAACAGAUGGACCGCGUCUUUUCGUCGUCCCAGCCCAAUCUGUCCAGCUCUCAUCCGCCGUCGUUCAAGGGGGGCGAGUCUCCUGGAGGUGACCCGCUCCCCGGUACCAGCGCAGGGGGUCCCAUGCAACCCCUGAUGGGGGCAGCAGCCGGACCUACAGGGAGCAAGCCUGAGCUGACCACGCACGGCAGCCCCAAGCUCGCCGUCACUCAGCUGAUUCUGUCCCAACAGAAGAGCUCCUCUCUCGGCUCGGCGUGCUUCGAGAAGCUGGUGGUGGACCCAGCUGUGUUGGCGUUGGGCGAGGAGGCUGAGUUGCGUAAAAACGCAAGCGACUCGGGCAUCAGCAUCGUGGGACCGAGUACUGUAGAAUCGCCUCCGAGACCUUCAUGUCCAGCCAUGUUCCAGCUGGACAUCAUUCUGAAGAAAGGCAACAACCUGGCCAUCAGGGACAGGACAGGAACCAGCGACCCGUACGUGAAGUUCAAGAUCGGGGGGAAGGAGGUGUUCAAGAGCAAGACCAUCUUCAAGAACCUCAACCCGGUGUGGGACGAGAGGGUCAGCCUCCUGGUGGAGACGCUGAGGGAGCCGCUGUACGUCAAGGUUUUUGACUACGACUUUGGCUUUCAAGAUGACUUCAUGGGCUCAGCACAGGUCCACCUGGAGUCCCUGGAACAUCAAAGGAUCCUUGACUUGACCCUUGACCUCGGGGACCCACAGUACCCUGACCAAGACCUUGGCACCAUCGAUCUGGGCAUCACUCUGUCACCAAAAGAUGGGGACAUUCGAGAAACCACCAUGCUCACGGGGAAAAGUUGGAAACGGUCCAGUAAGAACCAGAGCAUGCGUCUCUCAGACGUGCACAAGAAGUCCCAGCUGUGGCGCGGCAUCGUGAACAUUGGUCUGAUCGAAGGGCGCCGCCUAAAGGCCAUGGACGACAACGGGCAGAGCGACCCCUACGUCCGCUUCCGCAUGGGCCACCAGAAGUACAAGAGCAAGGUUUUAGCUAAGUGCCUGAACCCCCAGUGGAGGGAGCAGUUUGACUUCCACCUGUACGACGAGCAGGGAGGCUACAUAGACAUCACUGUCUGGGACCGGGACCAGGGCCGGAGGGACGACUUCAUGGGCAGGUGCACCAUAGAUCUGUCCACCCUGGCCCGGGAGCGGACCCACAAACUGGACCUCCACCUGGAGGACGGGGCAGGCGUCCUGGUUCUCCUGGUCACCCUCACCGCCACCACUGCCGUCUCCAUCUCGGACCUGUCGGUCAACGCGCUGGACAACCCCUACGAGAGGCACCAGAUCGCACAGAGAUACGUGAGUGGAAGACCCUGGAUCCUCUCUGACCCUAAACCUGGCUCAUGGGACGAUGGCGGACUGCCGGAAAGCCAUAUCCUCCAGGAUAUAUUGGCUUCCUGGCACUUUGAAUGGAUCCGGGUGAUGGUGGACUCGGAGAGAAAGGGCUUCAUGGACAAGCUGUAUGCCAUUCAGGACGUGUGCGUGAGCGUGCAGAAUGCGCUGGGUGAAGUGGCCUCCUAUGGCGAGAGGAUAAAGAACACAUUUAACUGGACCGUGCCUUUCGUGAGCUGGCUGGUGGUGGUGGCGUUGGGUGUGGCCUGCAUCCUCCUCUACUACAUCCCCCUGAGAUACAUGCUGCUGGCCUGGGGGGUAAACAAAUUCACCAAGAAGCUGCGAUCGCCGUACUCAAUCGACAACAAUGAGCUCCUGGACCUUCUGUCUCGAGUGCCCUCGGACGUACAAUUGGUGCAGUACCAUGAGCUGAAACUGGAUCCCAGUCUCAGUCCAAAUAAAAGGAAGAAAAACCCCCCUGGCUCAGAGGGGCUCGGCGGGAAUAUGUCUCCGGCCGUGUCAUACAUUGGUCAGGGCGAGGGCGCGUUCACACGGUCAGGACCCGCUCUGGCCCAGUGACAUGUAGAGCGAGCCGGUGUGUCCCUGUGUUUGAUAGCAAACAAGCCUUACACUACUUUUACAACCCUCGGUAUCAUCCUGUUUUUGUAUUUUAUUUUGUAAUGUUUUUUUUUGAUUGUGGUCAGUCGCUCUUGGUGAUAUGUGUAUGGGUCGAACUCUGCUUUUAUUAACUACGACAUGGGCUGAGUGGAUGCUGCUUUGACUUGCUUUAUGUUCAGUGGCCGAUCAUUUGUGUCAUUCUGCUUUACUGCUCACUAGCCCACAUUAUAUAUUAUUCCAUGGGAUUCUGUCUCUUGCCUAAACAUGGUUUUGUAGCACAUACUGUGCUAACGUGGGUUAACUCUCUCAUCCAAUAGUCAUCUUUCGACUGGCAGCCAGUAGAACAGAACAGUGACUAAUCACAUCGACUCGGCAGAUGGAGAUUGCAUCAUUUUCCCCUGCCACGUCAACCACCAGCAGUCAGUCAGUCAGUCAGCCAGUGAGUCAGCCAGUCAGUCCGAGUGAAAUGUCCACUUAUUCCCUCAAUCUGUCAAGAAGUUAGCGAGAGGCUGGGCUUGUUCCAGCUGAUAUAGAUGUCACCGUGCCCGGGAGUCGCCAGACAGACAGGCCUUUAGGCGUACACACACAUGGCCUAAUCUGCUUUGAAAGGCUGCUCUCCUCUGCUCAUCUACCCAUGUGUUUGUGUCAGUAGGCGUGCAUGCAGUAUACACUCACACACACACGCACACUGCCUUACAAACUGACAAACAUGCAUGCACACACACC